CCAGUUUUGCUAAAAUCGACAGGGGGUUUGACGCAGGAUGGAGGCUCUACCGCUGAUAAAGGAACAUCCAUUUUUGACCGCCACAGCGGCAUACCUCGUGUAUGUGACAGCGGUGGUUGUCUAUCGGCUGUGGCUCUCCCCUUUAUCCAAGUUCCCGGGACCUAAGCUCGCCGCAGCCACUCGGUGGUACGAGUUUUACUAUGAUGCCAUAUGUCACGGAAAAUAUACCUUUGAGAUCAUAAAAAUGCACGAAAAAUAUGGCCCCAUUGUUAGGAUCAGCCCUCAUGAACUUCACAUCAACGACCCGGAGUACUACGAUGUUCUGUACUCACGAGAUAGCCCGAGAGACAAGUACUCGUACUACACGGGUCAGUUCGGUACGCCGAUGGCAGCUAUCUCCACGAUAAGCCACGCCCAUCAUCGUCUUCGCCGUUCAAACAUGAACCCGUAUUUCUCCAUGGCUCGGAUUCGAAAGCUGGAACCGGCCAUCCAGAUUCUUGUAGACAAGCUUUGCAAUCGCUUAAAGGAAUUCAAGGGCACAGGAGUCCCGAUUGUGGUGCAGUAUCCGUACACCUGCUUUUCCACAGAUGUCAUAUCAGAUUACACUAUGGGAACCGGCUUUCACUACCUGGACGAGCCCGAUUUUAUCCCCCACUGGAGCGAGACCCUGAGCGCCAUCGCCAAGGCCACAGUCUUCUUCAAGCCGUAUCCAUGGUUGUUAUACUGGCUCAAGGCUCUACCAGAGGGCUUGGUUGGCAGGGUCGAUCCCGGCAUGAAUUUGUUCUUUGUUUUCCAACGCCGCUGCAAAGUUCUCAUCAAUUCAGUUAUCAGGGAGCACAGCGAGCCCGACUAUGAGGAGAAGCGAAAGUCAUACGACCAUCCGACUUUUUUCCACGACAUACUCGACAGCAACCUUCCGCCCGAGGAGAAAGGUCCCGAACGACUAGCGCAAGAAAUCCAAGGAGUUAUCGGUGCUGGCUCCGAAACAGUUGCGAAAACACUUACGUGGCUGACUUACUAUCUGCUUGAAAACAAGGAUAAAAUGGACAAGCUGCUUGAAGAACUGAACAGACUCGAUCCAGAUCGAACUGCGACUGUUGUGGACUUGGAGAAGAUGCCGUACCUGACAUCAGUAAUGCUUGAAGCCCUUCGGAUUUCAUAUGGUGUUAGCUCUCGGCUGCAAAGAAUUUGCCCCGAUCGUGAUCUCCAGUACAAGGAAUGGUCUAUUCCAGCAGGCACUCCUGUGGGUAUGACAAGCGUGAUGAUGCAUCACAAUGAAGAUAUUUUCCCAGAUUCAUACAAUUUUGUCCCCGAGAGAUGGCUUGACCCCGACCGACGAAAGUACCUGGAAAGAUAUCUCGUCGCAUUCAGCAAAGGAUCCCGCCAAUGUGUUGGAAUCAACCUGGCAAGAGCCGAACUUCUCCUUGCCAUCUCCAAGAUUUUCCGCGAACUGAAGUUUGAACUAUUCGGGACCACUCGUGAGGAUGUGACUCUGAAGCAUGAUCUUUUCCUCCCUUUCCCUAAAGUGGGUAGCAAGGGUGUGCGUGUGCUUGUUGUGGACUGAAGAAUUAUCUCUCUUUGUAAAUAUGACUUAGCUAGGCGUUUUGUUGUGAGAUGUAGUCGGUGGGAGUAAUCUUAUGUAGAUACCUACUCUUUAUGAUCCUUAACUAUAAUGGAUAUCCGGGGAAGAAGCUCAGAAGAUGUGUACUCGCGUGGAGGUGAGAAUGUGUGCACUGGAAUCUCGGGAAUUUUUUUGACUCGUUCAUCCAUUCUGAAGUGACUUUCGUGCACUGCUUCGGGUAAUAUAAUUACGAAUAUCUUUAUUCCCUUUUUUUUUUUUUUUUUUUUUUUUUUUCUGUUUCAGCAGGGCCUCUUCGGGUGGGAAGCGCGCAGCUUUCUUGAGGUUGUUGAACAAAAAAGGAACAGAAAAGAAAAGAAAGAAACCGCCGGAGCUCUCUGGUAUUUGGAGGGUUUAACCAGUUGAACUUCAACGUCAUCAGGGCGGCUCAGGUUAUUAUCUCGAUAUUCCCUUUUGUCCCGAUGCUUUCAGGCUAGGAUCGAUCAAAUUAAUGAGGGAGUUUCCUGAGCCAAGGAUAACUGGGAGCAUCGAAGCGCAGACGCAAAUGUCCCAACAGCACAAUAGAGGCACCGCUGGAUGUCGUGGUGAUCGGGGUUUGUCAGCCGUCCCGGAAGAUCGCCCUGCAGCCCACAGGGCCGAUUCACACCAUCUUUCUUAUCGUCGUGCAGCGCCGACAAGGGUUGAUUGGAGGGGCGGAAGUUUCAUCAUGCCGGCUUCAACCACCACCUUUAUAUGUCCCAACCCCGCCUUCAUCUUAGCAGCGGCCUGCCACGAAGGUAUUCAUUCAAAAAGACAUGGGAAUCGCACGAUGGACACCCUCAGCCUCUACCGGCCCGGACGAUAGUUAAAA